CCCUCUAAACUAGGGCUCACAUUUAGCAUCUUGCUCUCACACCAGACACACGGUGUUGCAACGCUUGCAGGUAUGAUCAAGAAAAUGUCUCCCUUUGAGAACGAGUUUAACAUCCCAGCAAAAAACUGUUACAGGAUGGUAAUUCUAGGCUCUACAAAAGUUGGCAAGACAGCCAUCAUCUCUCGGUUUCUGAAUGAAAGAGUCGAAGACCAGUAUACACCAACUAUCGAGGACUUUCACAGGAAAUUCUACAAUAUUCGGGGAGAUGUAUACCAGUUAGACAUUUUGGACACAUCUGGAAACCAUCCUUUCCCUGCUAUGAGGAGACUAUCUAUCCUAACUGGUGAUGUUUUCAUCCUGGUGUUCAGUCUUGAUAACAGAGACUCCUUUCAGGAGGUCCAGCGCCUGAAGCGUCAGAUUUAUGAGACUAAGUCCUGUCUCAAAAACAAAACCAAGGAGAAUGUAGACGUCCCGAUAGUUAUCUGCGGGAACAAGUGUGACCGGGAGUUUAACCGGGAAGUUCAGAAUGAGGAGAUCGAGCAGCUGGUGGCUGAUGAUGAACAGUGCGCCUACUAUGAAAUCUCUGCAAAACGGAACACUAAUGUCGACCAAAUGUUUCAGACUCUUUUUACCAUGGCCAAACUGCCCAACGAGAUGAGCCCAGACUCUCACCGCAAGGUUUCCGUACAGUACAGCGAAGUGCUACAAAACAGCAGCAGAAAGUCAUUCAGAAAUAAGAAAUUAAAGGAUGGCGAAGCAUACGGAAUUGUGGCACCAUUUGCACGGCGACCAAGCGUGCACAGUGACUUGAGGUACAUAAAAGAGAAAGCCAUCGGCGGUGGACAGAGCAAACAAAGUUGCACCAUCAGCUAAGGAAUUUAGUGACCAGAACCACUGUUAAAACAACUGUUACAGUUAUGGGAGUGACAACCACUAGGCUCCUCGCCAGUGUACGCCGUCCAUGAUAGCAGCACUCAAGGCGCAGCGACAGUCCGGGUUGUUCCAAGCCAUGCCAGCGUGGGUGCAUGUCAUGGACAGGUCGACAGAGAACCACCAGUGUUCUCAUCAACUAAAUGAUACUAUAGCUGUUUACAUUUUUUUUUUAUUGGAAAUGAGCCCAAUCAUAUGUUUAGUUGCAUCAUGAACAAUAUGAAUGUAUAUACUGUACAUAUUCAUCUGUCAGUUUUUACUUUUCACA